AUGGCUUCAGUACGAAUGACUGGUCGAACUGUAACGACUCUUUCGCUCCGCGCGAAAGGCACCAUGGUGGAGUCCAAGCAAGUGCCAGUGCCGCCGCCCGCAUGGGGCAUUGGCGACCGCCCCACCACUUUGCAAACGUACAUGGUGCUGCCCGUCUACUCCCCAACCUCCGCGGAGGCGAACCAGCGGCGGCCGGGCAACGGGUUCGUGUCGUACGCGGUGGACGACCUGCAACUCGACCCUGAUAGCCUCGAGGUCGGCCGCAAGCCGUCGGAGGCGCCCCCGUGUGCGUCGUUCGUGGAGCCGUCGGGCGAACCGCCGCCAAAGUCCAAGGUGGAGGGCAAGACGCCCGCCUUGCCUCUCAUGUCGGGAAAGGUGUGCCGCGGGCACGUGGCCCAGUUUGCCUAUCAAUACUACAAGGUGGUGGUGCCCACAAAGAGCAUGACGCUCAAUGUGACGGUCGAGGCGCUGAGCGGCGACCCCGAUAUCUUUGUAUGCAACCGCAACACCAACCCCAACCAGAAGCACCACACGUGGAGCUCCGCUGGCAUGGGGUCGGACGAGGUGUACCUCGAGCCCGGCGACGCCAACUUUUAUCCGGGUGCCUUCUACAUUGGCAUCUACGGCGCGUACGACACGGAAUACAACGUGCUUGCCGAAAUUGAGAGGCAGGAGGUCGUUGUGCGCCACCCCACUCCCGUCGGCGUGCGCGACGGCAUGAGCGCGAUGAAGAGCGAGAUCAGUGCUGCAGACGCGCGCCGCCGGAGUGUCAAGUGGGGCUCCGCCUUCCUCCAGGAGCUGAAGCGACCGAGGAGUCCGCGCACCAGCACGCCCCGCGGAGCUCCGGCCACCGCUGCCAGUGCAAGCGUAGCGCCGCUCCAAGCGGCCGAUGAACGUAAGGUGGGCGGGGUUGGCGAGGCGAAGCCGGAUGUUGGUGCCGAGGCGCCUGCUCCGGCGACGCCAGCCGGACUAGGCUGCGAGGCCGCCGUCUCCGCGAGCCAGGCCGCCGUCUCCGCGAGCCACGCUGAACUCGCCGCGAGCCUCGCCACGGGCCUCGUGGCCGCGGCCAGCGCGUGCUCGCUCAGCGUCGGGAGCCCCGGACGCGACAAGAGCGAGGAGCGUUGCGACUCGCCGCGCUCUCACAUCACCAUGUCGACGCUCGCUCUCGCCGGCGGCGCCGUCCUGCCGCGGGCAGCGGAGGAGCUCCCCGGCCCGGCGGAGCCAGGCAGGCUCGUGCCCCCUAGCUGCUCCAGCCCCUCGCCGCGGGUGGCAGAGGAGGAGGCCGCGACCCGACUCGCGGACGCGUGCUUCGAGCAGACAGCGAGCCCACGGACGGGCAGCAGCGCGCUGCUUGUCUCCGCCUCCUCCAAGAACCAGCUGCUCGAGGACACGGUGGUUGCAUCGACGCCGCGGAGGCUCGGCGGUGCGGCGGCUGCCGAGUCGCCGCCCGACUCGCCACGCGAGUCGCCGAGGGACACUUUUGACGAGGCCGAGCGCCGCAGGCUGGCCGAGCUGAUCCGGCCGCAGCAGCCGCCGGUGGUUGAACGCAAGCCUGGCGAGUGGGAGGAUGCGCUGCGCGCGUCCACGCUGGUGCCGUCCAAGCUGCGCGCAGAGCGAAUCGCGGCGGAGGCGGCCGCCUCCACCGCCGCCCGCCGCCUCUCCACGUCGAUGCGGCGGCGUCGGGCGUCGCCUCGGACCGAGGGUGGCGCGAGGCAGAGCGUGGCUGAGAUUGUCGAGUCGGCCGUGGCGGCGGCGCGCGGCAAGGAGCUCGUGGCCGAAAUUCUUCGCAAGGGUGGCGUGGCGGCGUCGACUACCCAGUCCGCCGCCGUGAGCGGAAGAGCUCGCGCGACGGGCGCGUUGGAGGCGUCCGCGGAACCGCCCUCGCUCUACACGACGGUUCGGAAGGAGCUCGCGUCGCGCUACGAGCUGGCGCCGCACCAGUACUCGCAGCGAACCGGCAUCCGCGGAGAGGAGCUCGUCGCCCUCGAGCGAGGCGAGUUCACCCGGCUGAAGCAGCUGCUGCGCGGGUCUCUCGAGGAGCAGGCGUGA